CGAAUUUUUAUUAGGGCGGCUAAGAUGGUUUUUGAUUUUUGUGCAGAGCUCUGGCGUCGGAGGAAUGGCUUCCAAUUACAUAAAAUCGGUGCACAUUGCCGUGAGGCUGAGCCUGCCCACCCCCAGAGAAAACGGCGCGCGGUCGGUGCGUGUGCUUGCGCAACAGGCCUCCACUGCUCCUGGAGGGGCUGGCGUUGCAGCCCAGAACUGGGAUGCCCUAGUGAUUGAAACUAGGAGAUCAGACCUGCGAAUCCGUGUUCGACACAAGCCGGCGCAAUGCUUCGUUGGCCUGCUGCGGCGCCCAGAAUGUUGCCGCGCAGGCUUUUUCGGGGCGCAAGCAGCGCUUUCUGAUCGCCUGGGACUUUCCCGCACUUUCGAGCCGAGCCGGGGAAGUGCCUGAACGCGGCCCUAUGUGCUGGGCCGCCGUUGCGGACGGCCGAAGCGGCACAAGGCGUGAAACUAGGGCCCGAAAUGGUCCCGAACUGCGACCCGAGAAACACAAUACUGACAUCGGAGUACGGCGCUGUUCGCGCUUUCAUUCGGGCAACCUGAGGUCCAACGGGUUGUAUUUGGGCCAGAAUUUGCGAGUCGUCUGUUCAGCAUCGACCAAUGAUGUCAUCAUGACACGAUAGGUGGAUUAGACACCGAAAGCAGUGUAUCGAUGAGCAAACCUGAACACCGUAGCGAUAGCGUCUUCUAUGCUAUGGUUGUAGUUUGGUGCGUACAAAAUUGUAACGCGCUGCGUCACAGUGUUCAAUUUUGGUUCUACAGGUAGCCAGGAGUUCGAUACAUCAGGCUGUGCUAAGUAGUUGGCGUUGUAAAGCUAUCUUUUGCGACAUUUCUGGUCUCGAAAAGUGAUCGGAUACGAAAUUUCGACAUUUCCAGCAUCGUAGAGACCCGCGGGCUCGCGGCCUCGCGCGAUUGGCCGGUCGGCAGCACGAUUUGUGCCAAUGAGCGGCGAGCGCGCUUUUUUCGCCUCCGCCGCCGGGAAGCCGCGCACCCGGUCGACCGUCACACGCCCGGUUGCUCCCGUAGCGUUCGCACAGUUUUUUUGUCCGUGCCGGUAGCAUUUCCUUUCUCGCAGCAGCAGUCAUGGCUGAGGAGACGAGCACAGCCGCAGCAGCGCCGGCCGCGUCGUCGGCACCCCAGAGCCCCAAGAAGAAGGCGGCGCGCGGAGCCGGCAAGCCCCGCACCACGGCCAGCCACCCCAAGGUGUCGGCCAUGGUGAACGCGUCCAUCGGCGAGCUGAAGGAGCGCGGAGGGUCGUCUCUGCAGGCCAUCAAGAAGCACAUGGCAGCCACCUACAAGGUGGACGUGGAGAAGCUGUCGCCGUUUAUCCGCAAGUACCUCAAGUCGGCCGUCACCUCGGGCGCGCUGGUCCAGACCAAGGGCAAGGGCGCCAGCGGUUCGUUCAAGCUGGCUGCGGGCGCCGCUGCGGGCGAGAAGAAAAAGGCCAAGGCUGCAGGAGUCGUCAAGAAAGCCGCCAAGAAGCCCGCCAAGAAGACUCCCAAGAAGUCUCCCAAAAAGGCUCCCAAGAAGGUGGCGGUCAAGAAGGCCAAGCCAGCAAAGAAGCCCAAGGCCGAGAAGAAGGCGUCGCUGCCCAAGAAACCCAAGAAGCCGGCGGCCAAGAAGGCGGCCACCCCAAAGAAGGCAGCCAAGAAGUAAAGCUCGGCCUCCUCGAGUCGGCCCCACGGGCACACACACAAACGGCCCUCGUCAGGGCCACCCAAAACGUCUGCCUCGGCGGAGCCGUUUACCGCGGUGCUCCGACCCCCGUGACCUCUCGUUUUCGCCCGGUCAUUCUCCAUCGAUCGAUCGCGCCGCCGUAACCAUGGGCUCCGAUCUCAAAUAACAACCAGGUCACGGACUUGCCCGUGCGCGCUCCUCUGCGCGAAUCCCCCACGUUCGAGGACAGCGCAACUGCACCUAAAUUCAGCUUAUGCGAUGCAGCAUGUAUACAUGUACAGUGCACUACUGAGUGAUGCAACACGGCUUAACAGAAAACUGCGAGUUAACUUAUUUGUACAUACCAUAUUCAAUUUCGUUAUGCUCCUAGCAUCGCUCUGGGGCGCUAACAUUUGUGAAAAGUUACGCAGAUACGAUGCACAAGUUCGAAUAUAAGCUCGACGGCCUCUG